UCUUAUUUUUUUCUCCUCGCCAGUCGUCGCAUCCCGAUUUCGGAAGAGAGAGGCGGAAGCGGAACCGUGGAGGGGCAGGCAGGGGCCUAAGAUCGCCGAUCUCCGCAUUCGCCGAUCGUAUCCCGGCCGCAGAGUCAAGAGAUCGGAGGGCUCAAGUCCGGGGUUUCCUCAGCGGGUCGGCGGAGAUGAACAUCUUCAGGUUAGCGGGCGACAUGACGCAUCUCAUGAGCGUCCUCGUCCUCCUCCUCAAGAUCCACACCAUCAAAUCAUGCGCCGGCAUAUCUUUGAAGACGCAAGAGCUUUAUGCUCUUGUUUUUGCCACGCGUUACUUGGAUAUAUUUACUGAUUUUAUCUCGGUCUAUAAUACAAUUAUGAAGCUUAUAUUCUUGGGGAGCUCAUUUUCAAUUGUCUGGUACAUCCGAAGACACAAGAUUGUUCGCAGAUCUUAUGACAAGGACCAAGAUACUUUUCGGCACUUUUUCCUUGUGUUACCAUGUCUACUGUUGGCCCUAAUUAUAAAUGAAAAGUUCACAUUUAAGGAGGUUUUGUGGACCUUCUCGCUGUAUCUGGAAGCAGUUGCAAUACUUCCUCAAUUGAUAUUGUUGCAAAGGACAAGAAAUAUUGACAACUUAACUGGUCAAUAUGUUUUUCUGCUGGGAGCAUAUAGAGCAUUGUACAUCCUGAACUGGAUUUACCGAUACUUCACUGAGCCUCAUUAUGUUCAUUGGAUAACAUGGAUCUCAGGAUUAGUUCAGACACUGCUGUAUGCCGAUUUUUUCUACUACUACUUCAGCAGUUUGAAGAACAAUGUCAAGCUCAAGCUACCGGCAUAACUUCAUCACUUGGAGACCAACUGUAGUAGGAUGUAGUUGUGAGGCUUCACUACUGUAAAGUAUGUUCUCUUGUUAAAGUUGGGCUUUAUGAAGUGCCUAAUCUUGUUAGCACUCAUAUUCAUUUUUUUUUUAAAAUUAGGUAAACAUCUCUGAGAUCAUGGACUGUCAUUUUAUCCAACCCUAGCAACUUUGAACUGUUUGGUCCUAUUUUUUAUUCCUCCUUAUGAAUGCAUGUAUACUUGCUUGGCUAAGAUGACAAAUUUGACAAAGUCAUAUUGUGUUUGAGUAUCAAAACGCAAUUGCAUUUUAUAUAUUAUCUUGCAGUUUACUCUA